AUGUCUGACAUUGCAGAGAAGGCUUACGAGGGCAGCGAUAGCGAUGUCGUUUCGCACCCGGAAACCAUCUACGAGCGUCCGAAAGGGUUGAGGGGGUUAUAUUACCAUCCCGUCACUCAAAUAUCUAUGCUGGGAUUCGUGUGCUUUAUGUGCCCUGGUCUCUUCAACGCGUUGAAUGGACUAGGUGCUGGCGGACAAGUUGAUUCGGCCACCAGCGCAAACGCCAAUUCAGCGUUAUAUUCAACCUUCGCGUUCUUUGCAUUCUUCGCAGGGUCCAUCAACAACAAGCUCGGAUCUCGCCUCACCUUGCUUAUUGGCAGUACGGGAUAUGGACUGUACAUCGGUUCCUAUCUCGCUAUGAACAUUCAUUCAAAUGCAGGAGGGUUCGUCAUCGCUGCGGGCGCUAUUCUCGGAAUCUGCGCAGGUCUCCUUUGGGCCGCGCAGGGCUCCUUGAUGUUGGCAUACCCAACUGAAAGCGAGAAAGGAAAGUAUAUCAGUAUUUUCUGGGGGAUAUUCAACUUGGGCGGUGUUGUUGGAGCUGCCGUCUCCCUGGGCCAGAACUUCCACUCCGAGGCUAACGCUGUUGGAAAUGGGACAUAUAUUGGCUUUCUUGUCCUUACUCUCAUUGGCGUCACCAUCCCGCUUCUCAUGGCCGACCCUCACAAGAUGAUCCGAACGGACGGUACCAAAGUUACCACGCACCGCCAUCCAUCAUGGAAAGUCGAACUAUACGGCCUAUGGGUGACGCUCCGAACGGAUCCGAUGGUGCUCCUCCUCUUCCCCAUGUUCUUCGCCAGUAAUUGGUUCACUACCUGGCAAUUCAACGGGUACAACGCUGCACUAUUCAAUAUCCGUGCUAGGUCUAUGAACAACUUCGCGGCGAGCAAGAGCUUACAUCGGCUGGGCUAUUUUCUCUUUUCCGUGUUCGCCACCCAUAUCUGGGCAUAUUUCUACCAGAGGGAUUAUACUCGAGAAUCGAUCCCUCCUGAUUCAUCCAAGAUGGAUAUCCAUGAUCCAGCGUACCCUGCUCGUAUCUGGUUGUAUAUCUUCUUUGGUGCUCUCGAUGCUGCAUGGCAAACAUACGCGUACUGGAUGAUGGGCGCAAUGUCUAACGACCCUGCCAAGUUAGCGCACUUUGCUGGAUUCUACAAGUCCAUUCAAUCCGCUGGAGCAGCUGGCGUAUGGCGCGCUGACGGGGUCAAACGCCCAUAUAUGGACCUCUUCCUUUCCACGUGGGUCUUACUCGUCGCAGGCCUGCUGUUUGCUCUGCCCAUGAUCUACAUGCGUGUCAGAGAUCAUACCAGUAUCGAAGACGAGGCUUUGGCUCGCAUGGACGAUUCAGGCGCGGUGCAAGCCACACCCGUCGCGCGGCACGAAAAGGAUACGACGGCUGCACAAUAA